AUGAAUAUUGAUGCAAAUAUUUCUCAAUCGUAUAGUCGGGCACGACAUAGUCAAGAUAGAAACCGUUUGUUGACCAGCAAAUUUCACUUCAACUUGAAUGAUGAUAACACUAACAAGAGAAAGUCUGAAAAUCUUCCAGAAAAGGGAAUGACGGAAAAUUUGUGGAAAAUGUAUAGCAAGGCCAGAGAGCAGCUACCAUACAAGGAACGAAUGGAGAAUUUGACGUGGAGGAUGAUGUAUGUCAAUAACCAACAGGAUUACAGAAAGGUCAAAGAACAUAAGAGUGAGACAGAGAGCAGCUUUUCGUCGAGCGAAGUGACAUCAAGUUCUGUUUCUCCGGACUUCGAUGAAUUUGACUACAAAUCUCAAAUCCAGAAAAUGGCUCAAGACAAUACAAGCAAUAGUACAAUCAACAGCAGCCAUAAUAACAAUUCAAAUAGUACCAAAAAGAGGCCUGCUGACUUUUCUCCGUUGGUCACUAGUAGCAAGCCCCAUUCGAACUUAUCCGCGUCGUUAGCAGCCGUGAAGAAGCAACCAUUGGAGUCGCAGUUCGAACCAGAUAGUGCAUUUUCAUUUCAAUUAGACCAAAUGGCGUUUGACGGGUCGGCACUUAACUUUUCGGAGUCGUUCCAUUCAGAUAGUCAAAGCCAAACCCCUACGAUAGGUGGUGACACCAGAAGUCAUACUCCUUCAUUGGCAUCGCAAGGUUCGCUAAUAAUGCAAAUGGAAAAUAAACCUAAUAACAACAAUAAUCAUAUGAGCUCGUCCUUCGACAGCCACUACUCGUCGAGUUCUCCAUUACAAACAAUUGGGCCAUCCACCAUACUAAAUGGCUUCGCUAAUGGACACUUGGAAAGACAAAACAGCUCCAUGGUAAGUCUCAACGAACAUUUUCGAUCACAGAGUAACACACCUUUUACAAAUCAAUUGAAUAACCAGAAUAUAGUAAAUUUUGAAAACACAGGGCAAAAUCCGCCAUAUCCACUAGUGCAUUCGAACUCAUUCAUAAUACAAGAAUCACCCGGCUUGAAUUCCCUUCCUAAGUCAGCAUCUCAAACUGGCCAAUCAAUAUCAAAUACGUUUGAUUCCUAUGACUAUUCAACAUCUGCUACAUCAACGUCCUACUUUGAUAGUUUCAAUAAAAAUUCAUUCCUCCUAAAUUCAAACUCAUUCAAUCAAAAUAAGAGAAUCAACACAGAAGACACAUUCUCAUCGAGUUUGCCAACCUUCUUGCACGAAACGUUUCCAAAUGAACAAAAAAAUUCAGCUAAAAAGGGGAAAAUGAUAAAGAGCAAAAAGAAACAAACUCGAAUAGUGUCUCCCGAUUUCAAUGGGCCAUUGUCUAAAAAGGAGGAUAAGGGUCAUAUUUCUUGUACGAAUUGUAACACAACGGCCACUCCUCUUUGGAGACGUGAUCCGAAGGGUAAACCGUUAUGUAACGCCUGUGGUCUAUUUUUGAAAUUGCAUGGAGUCGUAAGACCACUAAGCCUAAAAACUGAUGUUAUUAAGAAAAGACAAAGAGGCGCAAAUACCUCGUCAAAGAAGCUGGUCUCAGGGCCUACAAACGGCGAUGGUGAUGACUUAGACCCUACCCCAAUAGGUAAAAAAUCUCCGAACGAUGAAGCAGUCACACCCGACUCAAAAACAUCCCCUGUUAAGAAACCCAAACCACCGGCUAGAAAAAGCUCAAAAGCAGAAAAGGAAAAUCCGAUUAAAGAAUCUAAUGUAGAUCCUGAUGACAACUUUGAUGUCGACACAAAUCUCGAUCCUAUCAAUGAAUUGGAUUACAACAUGGAUUAUUUGAACCAUUCAUCCAACUUUUCAAUUCCGAACUUUCAACUGCAUGUUAAAACUGAAGGAGAAAAAAGUGACUGGGAUUGGUUAGGUAUGGCUUAA